AUGGCAGACAAAAAGGCCCUCAUAGUGGCCCUCUCAGGCUGCUCCUCCAGCGGCAAAACAACGCUCGCCCGGCUUCUGCGCGACAUCUUUCCCAGCACGUUUAUCCUCCACGAAGAUGACUUUUACAGGCCCGAGACGGAGCUCCCCAAAAAGGAUGAUCUCCUAGACUGGGACUGCGCCGAGGCCAUAGACAUUCCCGCCAUGGCCGAGACUCUCUCUUACAUCCGCCAACACGCCGCUUUUCCCCCAACUCUCGACUCCUACCAAGACAAAAACUCCGUCGGCGAAUGCCCCGUCCCCCAAUCCACCAUCUCAGCCCUCAAAUCCAAAGUCUCCUCCCUCCUCCCCUCAACCCACCCCCUGGCCACCUCCGCCCUCCAUCUCUGCAUCCUGGACGGCUUCCUCCUCUACCCGCCUUCCAUGUCCGCCAUCCAGCCCCAUCUCGACAUCAAAAUCUUCCUGCGCGCCUCGUACGCCCAGGCCAAGGCUCGUCGUGAGGCCCGCGACGGAUACGUCACGCUGGAGGGCUUCUGGGCCGAUCCGCCGGGAUACGUGGACAAGAUUGUCUGGCCGAAUUACGUGGCGGAGCAUUCGUGGAUGUUUCAGGAUGGGGAUGUGGAGGGUGAGUACAAGGCUGAUGUGCUGGAGCGAGAGGCAAUCAGGGUGCCGGGUGGGAGUGGCGUAGACGGCGAGAUGGACAAGAUUCUGGAAUGGAUGGUGGAUCUGAUAUUGGAAGAAAUGAAGAAGCACGCUUAA